CCGGGGUGGCGGCGGCGGCGGCGGGAGCCGCGGGAGGAGAAGGGAGGCGUCCGUGCAGACCGCCGGCGCACGCGGGAGGAGACAUGGACGGCGACCGCACCGAGAGCGACUGGCAGGGGCUGGUGAGCGAGUACCUGGUGUGUAAGCGGAAGCUGGAGAGCAAGAAGGAGGCCCUGCUGAUCCUCUCCAAGGAGCUGGACACGUGCCAGCAGGAGAGGGACCAGUACAAACUCAUGGCUAAUCAGCUGCGAGAGAGACACCAGUCCCUGAAGAAGAAGUAUCGAGAGCUGAUUGAUGGAGAUCCAUCACUUCCCCCUGAAAAGAGGAAGCAGGCCAAUCUGGCACAGCUGCUGAGAGAAUCUCAGGACAGGAAUAAACAUCUGGGAGAAGAAGUUAAAGAACUCCGGCAGAGGCUUGGCGAGGUCCAGGGUGACAAUAAGCUGCUGAGGAUGACAAUUGCCAAACAAAGGCUCGGAGAUGAAGAAAUUGGCAUGAGACAUUUUGCAGCCCAUGAGCGCGAGGACUUGGUUGAGCAGCUGGAGCGAGCAAAGGAACAGAUAGAGUCGUUAGAGCAUGACCUGCAGGCUUCAGUGGAUGAACUCCAGGAUGUUAAGGAAGAGCGGGCUUCCUACCAGGAUAAAGUGGACAGGCUGAACCAGGAGCUCAACCACAUCCUGGGUGGUCAUGAGAACCGUAUCAUCGAUGUGGAUGCUCUGUGCAUGGAGAAUAGGUAUCUGCAAGAGAGACUGAAACAACUUCAUGAGGAAGUCAGUCUUCUGAAAUCGAACAUUGCCAAGUACAAGAAUGCUCUUGAGAGACGGAAAAACUCUAAGAGUCAAGGCAAGUCCAGCAGUAGUGCUCUGACUGGAGUCCUUUCUGCGAAGCAAGUUCAGGAUCUGCUCUCUGAAGAUCAUGGGUGCAGCCUCCCAGCGACUCCACAGUCCAUCGCUGACCUAAAGUCUCUGGCCACGGCCUUGCUGGAGACGAUCCAUGAGAAAAACAUGCUCAUUCAGCAUCAGAGACAAUCCAACAGAAUCCUAGGGAACCGAGUGGCAGAGCUGGAGAAGAAGCUGAGAACUCUGGAAGUUUCUGGUUUGUGGAGCCUUCCAGGCUUGAGCUACAAUGUUUCGGUUGGAUUUGGGAGGGGCAAGGAUACCAUACUGUUCAGUGACCAGACUCUCCCCACCAUACAGAGGUCAAAAUCCCCACUGUUGAAGUUUGUGGAACAACCCACUGAGAACAAGGAGAGUGCCAGGGAUGGGGAGACUCAGAAGCAGGAGCGAGGUGAAAGCUGUGCCACCACUGAAACGUUGGCAGUGCCCGAGGACGCUGGGAAGCCUGCUGUCAGCUCCCCAGCCCAGCUGAGCAACAUGGACCAGCGCUCACACUUCCAUCGUUCUCCGCUACCCCAGCUACCUUCAGAAGACGUCAACACGGUGGGAAGGGAGAUCACUCAACUGACUGAUGGGCAGGAGGCUGCAGACCUGGAGGAGGUCACAAGGGAGGCUCCCAUGGAGGAACAGAGGUGUGAGCCGGGCCUGUCCCCAUCUAGCCCUGCCUCCCAGGAAGAGUGUACCACAGCCCUCCAGGACCGCUCACCUUCUUUGCAGCCAGAGGCCAAAGCAUCCAGUGUGGAAGAUGACAGAGGGUUCUCAGAGAGUGCAGACAGGAGAAGAAGCACUGUGCAAACAUGAGGGGGAGAGAGACUGACAGGGUGACACCUUGAAGACACCAGGGACAGCGAGGAAAGGCCGAAGCCUCGGAACAGUCAUCCAAGCCCCUUUCUGCUCAAACACCUCCCUGUCUGCAAACGAGAAACUGCUCUGAUCCUGCUAUGAGCUGGGAGCACCCAAUGGUGCCAGCUCUGUCAGAUUUAUUAAAGCUGGUCUGUGAGCUCCUCGGUGUCACCUCUGUCUGCCAAAGACGUGCUGCUGUGAACAUGUCCAGGCACAAGAAUCGUGGUUGCCAUAUGGCUGCCUUUCCACAUCCCUCUUCCUGUCAGCAUUUGUUUUAUUAGAGAGAAGAUGUUUUUCUAUUAGCAUUUAAUGUUGUCCAUCAAAAUGAUGGGACAAGCUGGGAAAGGAAGGGCCCCCCACCCCCAGCUCUCAGUCUUGGGAAUAGCUAGGUGGAUGGAAGGAAAGAUGUAACUGAAUGAAAUGUGUUUAUGGGCCCAUGGUUGCAUUUUUGUCAUGUAGAGGAUCUCUGAGGAUCCCCUAGCAAUGGGUGAUCUUGGCACCCAGUGUUUCACAGUGGCAGGUGGGAGGCGCCAGAGCAGGCUGGGAAAGUUGAGCUGCAGGUUGGAGAAGCUGUUUGCUGACUGAGUACAGAUCUGAGCGUUCUAGCCUAGGUCUGGAGGUGUGGAGGAAUGGAUAACAAGGCGUUGUUGGAAGUAGGGGGCUUUUCAGUGGAAAUCUGAUUUUCUGUUGUUGUCAUUGUUAAUUAGAUGAUACUAGAAACACUAGCUGUCUUUAUCCAGCCUAAGCUGCAUAUAGGAUGAUGUGGGUAUUGCGGGUUCCGGGAAAGCUCCAUGCUUAGUGCCAUCCCAGUUUCCCUUGAAACCUAAACCAUUCACUCCAUCAGCAGAAUAUUGCAUCUGGCCUCCCAGGUACUGGACUUUCAAAUACAGGAUCUAGAACCUGUGGCCUAAUCAGGAAGGGGAAAAGGUGAGUUUAUGAUAGCCUUGACCACAGAGGAACCAAGUGUCAGAUCCAAGAGGAGAGGAGGGAGUAAUCAGCUCUGCCUGCUACUUCCUCACAGAGUGAAGAUGAGCUACAGAAAUUUACAGGGCCGUUGAGCCACAGGCUUUCCUCUGAAGUGGGCUCAGUUCACCUCCCCAGGUAUGUGGGAGUGGCUAAGAUUCCCUUAGCUCACACCACCUCCAAGAGCUAGAAUUGGUCUCUGAAACUCCAGCCAGAAAGAGAAGCUCAGAGGUGGCAUGUGUUCCCAUUCAUCCUAAAACCUGUCUCUGCCCUGGGACUCGUGGGGACAAGGACACACCUUCAAAGAGGGACCCAAAGCCCUGCUUAUCGCUCUGUAUUUCAGUCUGUUCCCUGCCUCUGAAGGCCAGGCCUAUAGGGGAGGAGGCCCUGAGGCUGCAAGUUCAUACAGGCCACCAGCCCUGAAGGUGCCUUUUUUGCUCGAUGGGGCUAUAGCUGGCUGCAUGUGUUUGGCUGCAUGUGGUCAGUAUUGCUGUAUAGGGCACCAGAACAGCCAAGGGAAACCCAGCCAGAUAUGACUCAGUAAAAAGAAAAUGAGCACUCUCACCUCCCAGAAGCUCUGGUUUGGACACACAUGCAACAGGUACCAUCUUUGGGGAGAUUCAUCACUUCCUGGUGAGUUGGGUUUAUAGUAAAUUCUAGCACAGUCUAGUAGGGCAAGAAACUGCAGUGAAGUCCAUGGUCUGUGCUUUAGGGAGCCAGGAAAAUAGGAGUCUAUAGCUUGAGCUUGAUGUGUACAGCCAGCUCAGGAGGAAACUGUUAUUAGAUGGAAUGAGAGCCGCUAAGCUGAUGUUGUAUGUAUGUAACCAUGACAACAAACAUCCCCACUUCUGCUGUGACCACCCAACAUGCUUCUUCUAUUCCAUAGACAUUAAAGAGAGUUCCAGACACUA